CUUGAAAGCAGAAGAAAUGUUCUCCUAAUGGGUGAUAGCUUGGGUGAUGCAUCAAUGAUAGAUGGUUGACAGUAGCCUGGAAUCAUAUAUGGAAGUAUUUGAUAUUGUUUUAGUUGAUGAUCAAACAAUGCGAGUUCCACUUGAUAUUCUACAAAAAUUAUUAUAAUUGAUAGUUAAAUAAAAUUUCCAAUUUUGCAUGUAUAAUUACAGUAUAGCUAAUACAAUUUUAUCAUGGAACAAUCAUAGCAAAGGAACGGACGACGAAAAUAUGUGUUAUACACCAAUUGAUUCGUUUUAACUCUUAUAUCACGGAAUUGAUAAGCGUUUUCUGCGGAAAUUUAUCAUAACUGAGAAAUUCGCGAUUAAAAUCUCCAUACUGAACUGUGAUAGAAUGAUAUCUUUGGGUAGACGGCAGAACUAAUCAUUUAUAUGUGGGCUAUUGCGCAUGCGCACACUGCUGGCGAACACGUUCCGAACUUCGUACAAUUUGUGUGCAGUUAAUUAUGUUUGUAUUAGUUAAUUAUUUCGUAUUUAAGAUUCAACUCCCCCCCCCCUCUCUCAACAACCCAACUUAACCCACGCACACCCCCUAAUGCUAUGAAAAGUGGCUAAAAUUAUUAAUCAUUAAUAUUUCAAUAUUUCUAUGUUUGAAAUUGUAACAUGUGGCGGGAAGGCCUAUUCACCCAACUUGGUCUAACUCAGACCCUAAAUGUGGCAGAUGUAGAUAAUUAAUGUUUUCUGUUUUAUUGUAAAUAUUAUAAUGUAAAUAUUAAUUCAUUCAUUAUUGUUUUCCACUAACAAGUAUUCAAUUUAUAAUAAAUAAUUUAUUUAUCAUAUCAAAAUAUUUAAAUUUAAAAAUGUCAAAUACUUAAAUAAAUUAUAAGUGUUGAGUGGAAAUAUUACAAUUGAUUAGUUUAUUUAUUCUAUAACCCCGAUCCUUGUGCUAUUUAUCGGCAGAUUUCAUCCUAUCACAGUUCAAUAUCUACCAAAAAUGGCUACCAUAUUGGAAAUAUUGACAGUCGUAUGAAGAUUUUAACCGCGAUUUUCUCAGUUACGAUAAAUUUCCGCGAUAUACACGUCAAAAUGAAUCGAUUAGUGUAUAGCACAUGCAUUUUUGUCGCCCGUCCCUUUGCUAGGAAUGUACCAAUUUUGAACAUCAUAAUUUAAUUUCUUCAAUUCACAGCUUGUAAAUGCGCCGUAGUUUAGUGAGGGAUGCAUAAUAGAAGUAUAUUAAAUUUUCCGCGCAUGAUUCAUUUGGUAGCGACACAUACCGCGAGAGGGUGAUAGUAUCGUGUUAACAUAAAUAUUUUACACAACCAACUCUGAAACAACACAUGUACACAAAUCUUUUCAGUGUAUAUAAAUGCUAACCUCUCCAAGUAAGCCCGCAAUACCUGGCAGUACUGCAGUAACGUAUCUUUCGUCUUUCAUGCCUGACAUCUUAAACCCUAAUAUUGCGUCAGUACCAGCCGGUACCGAAUAAUUUGGCAAACAAUUGUUGAAGAAUCCUCGAAAAUGAUAGAAAAACUACCAGAAACGAUUAAUUUUCCGAAGGAAGAAGAAGUAAUUUUGGAAUUAUGGAAGAAGUUGGAUAUUUUUCAAAAUUGCUUGAAACAAUCCAAAGAUAAACCGAAAUACGUAUUCUACGAUGGUCCACCUUUCGCUACCGGACUGCCUCACUAUGGGCACAUAUUAGCUGGCACAAUAAAAGACAUUAUAACGAGGUAUGCUCAUCAAUCUGGUUAUCAUGUGGAAAGAAGAUUUGGCUGGGAUACUCAUGGUUUACCUGUCGAAUUUGAAAUAGAUAAAAAUCUAAAUAUCAAAGGUCCUGAUGAUAUUGCUAAAAUGGGGAUAGCAAAUUACAAUAACGAAUGUAGAAAAAUCGUAAUGAGAUAUGCAACAGAAUGGGAAUCCAUUGUGACCAGAAUUGGUAGAUGGAUAGAUUUCAAGAAUGACUAUAAAACUCUUUACCCUUGGUAUAUGGAAUCUAUUUGGUGGGUUUUUAAAGAAUUGUAUAAUAAAGGUCUUGUCUAUCAAGGUGUUAAAGUAAUGCCUUUUUCAACUAGCUGCAACACUCCACUAUCUAAUUUUGAAUCAGGACAAAACUAUAAAGAAGUUGUUGACCCAUCUGUAGUUGUGUCAUUUCCUUUGGUAGACGAGCCUGGCAUUUCUAUCCUUGCUUGGACUACUACUCCUUGGACUCUGCCUAGUAAUUUAGCUCUUUGCUGCAAUCCUAAUUUUGAAUAUGUAGAAGUUAAAGAUCAUACUUCUAAUAAUAUCUAUAUUAUAUUAGAAUCAAGUUUAGAGCUUGUAUACAAAUCUAAGGAUCUAUACACUAUACAAGGCAAAAGAAAAGGGUCGGAUUUGAAAGGAAAGGCAUAUGUGCCACCUUUCCCAUAUUUUUUGAAUUUGAAAGAAAAAGGUGCUUUUAAAGUAUUAAAUGACACAUAUGUUACUGCAGAAACUGGUACUGGUAUUGUUCAUCAAGCUCCUUAUUUUGGUGAAGAUGAUUACCGAUGUUGUUUAGCAGCUAAUGUUAUAACAAGGGAUCAAGAAAUUGUAUGUCCUAUUGAUAGCUGUGGCUGUUUUGUAGAACCAGUUCGAGAUUUUGUUGGAAAAUAUGUAAAAGAUGCUGACAAAGAAAUCAUAAAAUAUCUUCAAAAAAAUAAAAGACUAGUUUAUGUUGGUACGACUAAACACAGUUAUCCAUUUUGUUGGCGAUCUGAUACUCCUCUAAUCUAUAGAGCUGUACCAUCUUGGUUUAUUAGAGUAGAAGCCAUAAAAGAUAAACUUGUAACGGCAAAUAGUAAUACUUACUGGGUACCAGAUUAUGUUAAAGAAAAACGGUUUGGCAAUUGGUUACGAGAUGCCCGUGAUUGGGCUAUUAGCAGAAAUCGUUAUUGGGGUAAUCCAAUUCCCUUAUGGAUUUCAGAAGAUGGACAAGAAAUUGUAUGCAUAGGCAGCAUUGCAGAAUUGGAAGAAUUAACAAAUACAAAAAUAACAGAUAUACAUAGGGAAAGCAUAGACCAUUUAACUAUUCCUUCAAAACGUCUAGGACAGCCACCAUUAAAACGAAUACCUGAAGUUUUUGACUGUUGGUUUGAAUCUGGUUCCAUGCCAUAUGCACAAGUACACUAUCCCUUUGAACACAAAAAGGAAUUCGAGAAUAAUUUUCCAGCUGAUUUUAUUGGAGAAGGUAUUGAUCAAACUCGUGGAUGGUUUUACACUCUUCUAGUUAUAUCAACUGCUCUUUUUGGGAAAGCUCCAUUUAAAAAUCUUGUUGCUAAUGGUUUGAUACUAGCUUCUGAUGGACAGAAAAUGUCUAAACGUAAAAAGAAUUAUCCAGAUCCUAUAGAAAUAGUAGACAAGUAUGGAGCAGAUGCUCUACGUUUGUACUUAAUUAAUUCACCUGUUGUGAGAGCUGAAAAUCUACGUUUUGUAGAAGGGGGAGUUAGAGAUGUCAUAAAGGAUGUGUUCUUACCUUGGUAUAAUGCAUUCAGAUUUUUAAUGCAAAAUAUUGAGAGAUUUGAAAGAGAAGAAAACAUUACUUUUGUGUAUGAUGACACUAAAAAUAUAUGUUCUAAUAAUAUAAUGGAUAAAUGGAUUAUAUCUUUUACUCAAACAUUAUUGGGAUUUGUCAAAAAAGAAAUGCAAGCUUAUAAAUUAUACACAGUGAUACCUCAUUUAGUUGAAUAUAUAGAUAAUCUUACUAAUUGGUAUGUAAGAAUGAAUAGGAAACGUAUCAAAGGUGACAGUGGCAUAGACGAUUGUCAACAAGCAUUAAAUACUUUAUUUUCUGUUCUUCAUACUGUGGUAUGUAUAAAUGCCCCAUUCAUACCAUUUUUAACAGAAUUUAUGUUUCAACAUUUGGUAAAAUUACUUCCACAAUCUAAAACAAAUAUGGAUAGUGUUCAUUACCAAAUGCUACCACAACCCUGUCCACAAAUGAUUAAUGAAAACAUUGAGAAAGCUGUAUCAUAUAUGCAAACUGUAAUCGAAUUGGGACGUAUUGUAAGAGAUAGAAAAACAAUGCCUAUUAAGUACCCAUUGCCAGAAAUUGUGGUUAUUCAUCAAGAUGCUGAAGUAUUGAAAGAAAUAGUCUCUCUAAAGUUAUACAUUCUUGAUGAACUUAAUGUAAAAGAAUUAACAGUUACCACAGACAAGCAAAAAUAUGGUGUUACGUUAAGAGCAGAACCAGAUCAUAAAAUACUUGGAGCCCGUCUUAAAGGAGAGUUUAAAUCUGUUACACAAGCUAUUAAAGAACUUUCUGAUGAACAGUUGCAAACAUUUGUUGAAACAAAAGAAAUUAUGGUACAAGGUCAUAAACUGAAAGAACAAGAUCUACGUUUGAUGUUUAGUUUCACUGGACCAGCUGCUGAACAGUUAUCGAAACAGUAUGAAGCACAUAGUGAAGGAAAUGUAUUAAUUCUCUUAGACGUUACUCCAGAUGAAAGUAUGCAUAAUGAAGGAAUAGCAAGAGAAGUAAUCAAUAGAAUUCAAAAAUUGAGAAAGAAAGCUCAGUUGGUUCCAUCAGAUGAAGCAAUUGCGUAUUAUGAUAUUCAAGACAAAAAUUGUAAUUUGGCAAAAGUAAUUGUUAGCCAUAAAGAGUUUAUUGAAAAUUCAACCAAAACACCUCAAGAAGAUAUGUCUAAAAUGCCGAAUGUAGCAACUGUAAUUAUAGAAGAAAUGCAGAAAAUCAAGGAUGUGAAUAUGAAACUGGUUUUAGUAAAAUCUGGAAAUCAAAUUGAAAAUAAUGUAACGAAUAUAGAACCAUUAUUAAAGUACGUAAAUGUUGAAAUUGAAAAUUUAAAGCCAAGACUUGGUGCUCUAAGUUCUAUUGGUACUAUUUUAUUAGAAGCUCCAAUAUCAUUAAUUCCUAUUUCAUAUGAACAAUUAAGGCAAGAGAUUGAAUUAUUAUUUGGUAUUCAUGGUUGUUCAAAUAACUGAUAUUUCCUUAUUACAUAAACAAACUAUAAAAAUAACAAAACCUGGAACACCUAAAAAUCAAUCAUCGACUAUUUUAACAUAUUCGGCUUGCAAAUUUGUUAAUAUAAAUAGCUGUUCAGAAAAAGGUACUAUCUUUCUAGAAAAUCCAAAAGGAAGCUUUCAGUUAGAUCAUGCAAUGUUGAACAUUGAAUUUAAGUUAAUUUUAUUUAAAAAAUUCAUUUCCCUCAUUUAUUUAUUUAUCUAUUUGAAAUGUUCGAAAUUAGAUAAUUUCAUUGUAGCAGUU